CGUGACCAACACGGAAGUUGAACACUGUUUACGUGGGAAGCAAUGUUGCUGUCGUUCUGUUGUGCAAUCAAUGGGAGUUAAACUGCUAAGCAUAAUAUGCCUUUUCAAUGAAGUUCACAUUAAAUGCAGCCCUUUAAGUUGUUCGCGCUUUCUAUAAGAUGGCCAUGGCAUCUUCGGACUACAAUCGUUGCAUCCCCGAUGGUAACGUUACAGAGAAUGACAGACUGCUAACCUCUGUAACGUGCUAUGGCUCAAAUGACUGCAAGGGACGUCCUCAGACUGGCCAGCGACCUGCUGAUCUUGAGGGAUCACUGCUGCAGCAACAGCUCGAACAUGAGGAAGAGGAGCUCCGAAGAAAGAUGAAGUACUUUUUCAUGAGUCCAUGUGACAAAUACCAUGCCAAAGGUCGUAAACCAUACAAACUACUCCUGCAGAUUCUCAAGAUUGUCAUUGUCACUGUGCAGCUGGUGCUGUUUGGUCUGAGUAAUCAGAUGGUGGUCACUUUUAAGGAUGAGAACACAGAAGCUUUCAGACACCUCUUCCUGAAAGACUUUCAGGAUGACCCCGACACCCCACUGGCUGUGCACACCCAGAGUGAUGUCUACAGCCACAUCAUUCAUGCCAUAGACCAGUACCUGGCUUUGACAGACACCUCAGUUGGCCGCUAUGCCUAUGUGCUGGGCGUGGGUGUGAAUGGCAGUGCCCUGACCCUUUGUCAGCACUAUUACAAGAAGGGUCACAUCGAUCCUGUCAAUGACACCUAUGAUAUUGACCCACGUAUCAUGACUGACUGCAUAGGAGUGAACCCCCCUCCAGAUCCCACUGCAACUCUCACUGAAGACUAUAGGAACUUCACCCUUAAAUUUCACAAGCUGAUUAAUGUAACCAUCGACUUCCAGCUGAAGGCCAUCAACCUUCAGACUAUUAUAAAUAACGAGAUCCCCGACUGCUACACCUUCUGCAUCACGAUCCUGCUGGACAACCAGGCUCAUAGCGGGAGGAUCAAGAUCAGCCUCCAGAACCGGGCCACCAUAAAGGAAUGUCGAGACCCGAACGUCUCUGGACACGGUGGACACGGGGACAACUAUGCACGAGUGGCAUUUGACAUUAUUGUGGCCGUGGUGUGUGUGCUCUCGCUCGUGCUCUGUGGACGGUCCAUCCUCAGAGGAGUGCUUCUGCAACAUGAGUGUGUGCAGUUCUUCAGACAAAGGCUGGGGCGCAGUGUGUGCUGGGGAGACAGGAUGGAGUUCAUCAACGGCUGGUACCUCCUGCUCAUCGUUAGCGAUGUGUUCACCAUUAUUGGCAGCUUCAUCAAGAUUGGCAUUGAGUCCAAGGUUAUUGCCUCCUACGACCUGUGUGGAAUUUUACUUGGCACAUCUACUCUGCUGGUGUGGGUCGGAGUUAUCCGAUACCUCAGCUUCUUCCAGAAAUACAAUAUCCUUAUUGUGACACUGCGGGCUGCAUUCCCCAAUGUGAUUCGCUUCUCCUGCUGUGCUGCUGCCAUCUACAUGGGCUACUGCUUCUGUGGAUGGAUUGUGCUUGGACCGUACCAUGUCAAGUUUCGGUCACUGUCCACGGUGUCAGAGUGCCUGUUCUCGCUGAUCAACGGGGACGACAUGUUCGCAACGUUCGCAGAGUUGGAGCACAGCAGCGCCCUGGUGUGGGUCUUCAGCCAAGUCUACCUGUACACCUUCAUCUCCCUCUUCAUCUACAUGGUGCUGUCGCUCUUCAUCGCUCUCAUCACAGGAGCCUACGACACCAUCAUGCAGCAAGCCCAGGACCCAACACACGUUACAGAACUGCACGCCUUCAUAGCACAGUGCACUGACACACCCUCCUCUGGGAAGUUCCGUGGACCUGAGGCCACAUCCUGCUCUCUUUUCUGCUGUAUUGACCAGUGAGGGACUGCUGCUGUGUGUGUGUGUGUGUGUGUGUGUGUGUGUGUGUGUGUCUGCCAGUCUGUCUGUAGGCCUGUCGGUUUGUCUGUAUGAAUGUGUUUGUUUGUUUGUUCAUAUUUAUGUGGAGACUAAGUGGAAUUUGAAGGUAACACAAAGGGAGGGAAAGGAUGAGGUUUGUCAUUAGACAAGAGCAGGUUUUGCAUGCCCUUCCUCAUGAGGAACUCGCAUCAUGGUGUAUCUGCUCACCAUUAGCACACGUAUAGCUAGCAUGUACAUAUACAUUGUAGUAUUUCUGUGAGUUUUUCUAACCAACAAGCAGUGUGAUGUGCUUGUAGACAUGAAGGCACACUGCCCCCUACUGGUCAAGUGUUGCUCCCUACCACCAAUGACAAGUACUGACUAUUUAUUUCACGCUCAGUUGUGAAGGUUGUGGUUUGGAUUUACCCACAAUUCACAACAGUUUACGCCAAUGUAGUAGAACAGUUCAUUGUUUUGUACCAAAAUGGACCAUUGUGAGUUACUUGUUAUCUUGCAUUAAGACACAAUAGCAUUGUCUCAAAUGAAUAGUGUGCUCAGUUGGACUGCACCAAUCUAGUCCAGUGUGAAUGUACUAUUUGUUAUAUUAUUUUACUUGAAUUUACUUUUUUACUUUGGAAUGGAUAUUUUAAGGGGAAUAUGUGACGAGUAGGAGAGGAAUAGUCCUAUUCGGUCUUGCUGUCUCCUCUGCAUUCUCUGAGCCAGUGGCAAACAGCUGUGUAUACCUGACCUGAACCCCUGAUCAAUUUGCAUCAACAGCAGAUGAUUAAUGCUAUAUUUUUUUUAGACUCUUCACAGCCAGCAGACCAUGGCUUUGGCGAGUACACACACUCAUGGACCGUGUCAGGCAAAAAAGAAAGGCGGCGCUCACCAAAUGCUGUUUAAAAUUCAGCGCUGCAUUCCUUUCCCCUUCAUACCCCCCCCAUACCCCCCCAGGUCGCUCAGAGCUUUCCACUCCGCUGCUCUGCUGUCUUGUCUUUUAUCUUCCCCUCCUCUUGAUGAGAUGACAGCGGAGCGGAGGUAGACCCUGCAGCCACUCGUGCUCAUCAAUAUUGAUGGGCCUCUGAGCGAGGUGACCCCGCAGCAGCACUCACUCCCUCACUCACCAGCAGCUGGAAGCCUUGGUGCUCAAUCCAUAGCCAAUAGAGACUUCCCUUUGGAGGAGUCUUAGGGGAGAGCUGAUGGGGGACCUGGAAGCACACACACUCUUCAUGCAGCUUUUUUUCACAUCUCGUGUUUUUGGGUCUGUUUCUUUGUGUGCUUUUUCACCAACACCUUGCACCCGACACAAGACUUGCCGGUGGUUUUGUGUGUUCUGUUCAUAGUGGAGCCAUGAUUGCACUUUGUGAACAAAGGAAAACACACACACACACACACACACACACACACAUAUCUUUGUCAGAAGGGAAGGGAAAAAGACAGGAAUGCUAACGGAAUAGUGUAGAAUAGGAAUAAUAAAUGACUUAAGUAUAAUUUAGUUUCUUUUACUUAUUCUUUUUUUAAAUGGAAAGGACUUUUGAUAUGCGUUUUGACAAGACAGGAAAACAUUUUUUUUUCUGUUGUCUUCAGGGAAAUUCAUGUGGAAGCUGAAAAGAAUGUGUGAAAAUGCUUUGUGUGUGUGUGUGUGUGUGUGUCUCUCUGUCUGUUCUCUCAGAACCGUUUGUUGGAAACAACAUUACUGAGAAGGUACUUUACUAGGUAAAUUAAUUAAUUCAUGUUGUAUUUAUAUAGAAUUAGUUCACAAUUUGCACUUAAGCUCUUGCAAAAUCAGGUUCACAGGCGGUCUAGUAACUGUAAAAUAUUUGCAAUGUUUUACAGAGGGGCAUGUUCAAAGGGACACUGAAUAAAAAGGGUAUGCCACAGUCUGCAGCUGUAUAGGGAAUGUACACCUCAGAUUGUCUUAUAUGGAAAGCAUGUAUCCUGCCAUAAAUUGGAAAUAAUACACUUAUUAAUUAAAUCUUGUUUUUAUUACUUUUUUAAUUUGAAUUUCUCAUAUCCCAUAGUGCCAUUUUCAUUAAUGCCUUUCAUCAAUGUUAAUGUACGUAUGUAUGUCAUAAAUAUUCUGCAGCACAUUCAAGUACACAAUAUGUACAUUUUUGUUUAAAAAUAAUUUCUUUAUAAGCAUACCUUCAAGGAUUUUUUACAUUUACAUAAAGCACGAAACCCACAACUUGGUCGGCAGCGUCACAGAUUCUGAAGUUGGUCUGCAAGCCAUGGCCUUUGACAAGUCAGAAUAUUAAAGAAUCUCCCUGUCAGGAAAAAGGCCUCCAGGAUGUUUUACACAAAAAAAAAAUCCAAGUUCAGGACUGGCCAAAACAGGUAGAGGGAAGGCAAAAUUAAUUUUUUUUUUUUUUUGUUCUUUCUCUAAAUUCCUGCUUAUAUAGUUAGGCUUAUACACGUCUAACUUUUCGUAGCUGUAAGGUUCUUCACUGUGAGACUUGAAAUAUAGUGUGAUGACCAUUUGUACAUAUGGGUUUAAUGAACUAAUAUUUAAACUUGUUAUCUUUCCACUGCUGAAUGAUCAGUAAAAAUGUUAAACAAG